GUCGGCCAAUCGCAGGCGCGCCGCGGGUGACCCGACAACGUCGCUCGCUGGGAUCGCACGAACACUGGACACGACAGUCGUCGCUCGGCUGUUCUUUCGUACUCGGGUAGCAGAGCGGGGUCGUCGCGCGCGUCUCUGACUUGCUCUGGCUCUGACAGUGUCGGGUAAAGACUGCCGUGUGUGAUUGUCCACGAGGGCCCGUUCGGGGCCCCCUCCGAAUUCCCCCUCCUGCCCCUCUCGAGAAGUCGACUUAACUUCGUGCGAGAAUCGUUCGCGUUUGAUUAAAGUAAACCACGAUGACACAUCGUUCGGUAACGUCGUCGUCAACGAGCGUUCCUGAGACAAAUGCGGCAACGGCGAUCGAGACGAUAAUAACGACAGCGUUACAACAGCGUGCUCGUUUACCACGAUAGUGCGUUGCCGUCCAACGGGAAGGAGAGAGUGAGAGAGAGAGAGAGAGAGAAAGAGAUAGUGUCGGAUUCUCGUUCUCGAUGCGGAUGCGUCGCGUCGUGCACUUUAAACGAGCCCGAUCAGGUUCCAGGAAGCGCGUAGGAGAGAGAUACUUCGUCGUCGCGCGCGAGGAGAGAGAAAAGGAGAACGCGACUGUCGAAAGGAUAUAAGCGAAUCCAAAAUUGAUCGCAACAUAUAUACGUAUAUUGGCGCGACGCGGGGAAAGCGAGAGAAAGAUAGCAAGAGCGAGCGAGCAAGAGAGAGGGAAAAAAGAACAGGGUUACAAGGCGGGCGCCAUUCGGAAGUAACAGUGUCAAAGCACUCGGGCCGUUCGUAAGUUUCCUUUGGAGUGGCGGACCCCGUCCGUCGGUGCGCCGCCGCCGCCGCCGCCGCGCAACGGCAUCUAGAACUCGUGCGAUGGGACGUGAGUGGUGAGCGCGCCGUAUCGUCGUCAGCGCGCGUCGUCAACGUGCGUGAAGUGGCCCCCGGAGUGCGCGGAGAGUGUGCGAAGGAGCCAGACAGACGGGCCCGACAGGCCAGGCUGUGUGUCGCGCUUGGCGCGCGAGCGUGCUCAACUCGGGGCCUCCGCCAACCCGUCUCCGUCCACAACCCAGUUGUCCCCCAGAGCCCCUACGGGCGCGCCUUCUCGCUUGUGCCUUCGUGGCGUGAGCGCGACCGCGGCCGUCGCCGCCGCUGCUGCUGCUGCUGCUGCUCGGGUUUGCCUGUUCCGCGCUGUAGCGGAUAGCGGAGUUUUCACUGCGGCGCGUGCGAGACACAUUCCGCAAUACGAGUGUGCGAGAGAACGACGGACGGACGCGACCGGCCCACCGUAUCGUCGUGCCGGAGCGAAUCGCAUCCACGGGGGGGAACUGUGCAAAGAAGAAAAAAAUAUAUUCCCAAGAUAAUGGAGAGACCUGCGUGUAUCGUCGUGGACCCGAAGUGAUCGGUUGCGAAUUUUUCCGUGUGUAUAUCUCUACGGGGAAGAGACAGGAGAGAAGGUGGCGGAACGGAAGAAGGAAGAGGAGGCAGCAGCGAGUGAAAUAGAGAGAGCGCGAGCGAAAGACAGAUCAGGUUAGGCUGAACUCACGUUCCUCCUCCCCCCCCUCCCUUCCUCUGCUGCGGCACCAGGGCGCUCCAUCUCGCUUCGAUGUGCACGCCCGUUUCCAUCUGACUUGUGCACGCUCGUGGGACGAGGACGGCAUGACGGCGAGAGAAGAGAGGAGACCGAGGAAAGAGUGCGAGGAUAGUGCGCGACUGGUGGAUCCGAGGAAAAGCGGUAGAAAAAUACAAAUGCCGAUCGCCGAUGGAAUUUUGGCCGCUGAAUCGACGGCGGCGGCGCCGACGACGACGACGACGACCCACCACGUAUCCUUCACCACUGGCAUGUUACGUUUCAUCGACAGACUUUCAGGGAAGCGGCGGCACGUGCGCCGGAGUUCGGGCCCAGGUGGUGUCGCCCGCGCUGCCGAGGAAACGCAAGAAGGAGAGGUCAACGAUAGAGGAUGCCGCGAGGCGGGUGGGAUAUCAGUCGAGGCGAUUAGCUCGUCGGUGACGAGGAGCGAGGUCCCCUGCGACGACAGCGGCGUCGCCGGUCGCCGCUAUCACGCGCCGCCCUACCUCUGCCAUCUCCGUUGUCACAGCCAUCGUCACGCAGCUUCGUCGCGUCAACGAUACCACCAUCGAAGGGACAUCGAUGACGGGGGCAGCGAUGGCGAGGGCAACGACGAGGAGGAGGACGAUGACGACGACGACGACGACGACGACGAUGACGACGACGACGACAACGAUGACGAUGACGACAACGACGAGGUGGAGAAGGAGGACGAUAAGAUGUGUCACGAACGUCUCCAUCCUCGCCUUCAUCGGUUCUACGAUCGGCGGUCUCGCGGAAGCGGCGGCGAUGUUGACGCCGAAGUCAACGGGGUCCAUCGAACCGAGACGACGACCUCCGUCCAUCCUCUCGCACGAACCUCGCCUAUCGCGACCACCGCCGUCGCUAACCCCUCUGUCGUCACUGCCAUGGCGAGAGGAUGCAAAAUUCCGCCUUACCUCACGACUAUACUACUUCUUUCCUACACUCUCUUCGGUAUAGCAGACGCUUGCUCAUCACGUUCAACGCCAAAACCAAGGCCCCCGACGCCGACGGAUCGGCCGAAUAUCACAUUCCACAUGUACACGUGUCCACCGGAUUACGCAGAGUGGUAUUGCUUGAACGGCGCCACGUGUUUCACCGUAAAAAUUGUCGACUCCCUCCUGUACAACUGUCUAUGCGCCAAUGGAUAUAUCGGGCAAAGAUGCGAGUUUAAAGAUUUGGAUGGUUCCUAUUUACCUUCACGUCAACGAGUAAUGUUGGAGACAGCCAGCAUCGCCGGUGGUGCCACAAUAGCAGUAUUCCUCGUCGUUAUCAUUUGUAUAACGGCUUACAUCCAUUGUAAGCGAAAACAGAAGGAAUUACGGUCGAGCAAUAACUGCGUCGACACGGUGGAUGGUCCUGGCCGAGAUCCGGAGCUGAGGCCGUUUAGCAACCGCAGCCGCUCUCUUAUGAUCUUCAUGGCCAAGAAUUCUAACAGCUCGGCGACGAUAGAGCAAACGAGAAUGCCCAACUGGAAUUGUCCAGAAACGGAGUCGAUGAGGAUGGCAUCCAUCAGCGAGAACAAGCACUCGAGCCAAUAGCGAACUACGUGACGCGUCGUCCAUAUACAACGUUUUGCCGCGAGGAUUCGUUAUCGGCGGUACUCGAGUCGUGCGAAGGAUCGUCGAAUAAACCACUCGAUUAGCUGAAGGUAGUCUGAGAUAUCUCGAGGGACAAGCAGCGGCCUUUAGUAGCCUUUAUUUAGCGAACUCAUUGGGAAAUAAUCCAACUGUGUUCGAUUCAGCGAGCGAUUCAGCGACCAUCCUAAACACGGUGAUGAAGAAACGUACGCAAAAAUCGAGUACAUUUCUGAGCUAAUGACACGUAUACCGGCACGACGAUGUCCGGCUCUCUUCGAUUGCUGUAUCGUUAUCGUCAAGACAUUCCCGUACUGUCGCACUCGUGUCCUCCGUUUGAUCGAAGGGACGUUUGACGCUCGUCGAUUAUCGUGUAAUUCCCUCUAAACGAACCAUCUCGAACGAACGAUUCGCGAAGAAAUAAAUCUUUCGUCCGAAAAAUCUAUUUAAAAAAAAAAUGGAACAGGUCUUCGCAUGAAUAAUGAUGUGACGUUCGAGGACGAGAAACGCAUUUCCGUAGGAUUCUUCUGUGAAAGUGACAGAUUCGCGACCAUUGAAUGUUGGUUUUUACGCAAACGUUUGUAUAGUAUCGCGUCUCACUGUCAUCACUCAUCAACGAAGAACAAAAAAAAAAGAAAGAGAAAAUAAUACACGCAUCAGUUGCAAAGUAGUGCCUUUCUACUCUCGUUUGUAAGAAAGCAAAUAGUUGUGGUACACCUGAUCAAAGAAAGAUCAAAUAGAGAAAAGAGAAAGAGAGAGAGAGAGAGAGAGAGAAAAUUGUCCGUCUAUUUCUCUCAUUAAAAUUCGCGAUGAGCGUCGUCCAAUUGCUAACCGUGUUACGAGCGCAGGACGCUGACACACGCUAGUGACGAAAAAUCUUGUAAAACACGAAAUCAAUAGCUGUAAAGAGCGCUGAUAGUAGACAAGGUAAUAAAACCUUUGAUCCUUGGUACGUAUGCUAUACCCACACUCGAUUCUAACUCUGUUAUUUGUGAAAGACUUUAAUCCUUCGGAUGAUAAACCUAAAUAACGUUCUCACGAUAUCUCACGUUCCCGUUCGCAGAGGUCUAAUACGUCGCGAUUAGAUCCGGUAACUUGCAUUUACACUUUCACUUAGGCUCUUCCAAAGAAUGUUCGCGAACGCGAUUGAACGUACCAUUAGUAUCAAAGGGUUGAUGAACAUAUGUGUCUUACGUAGAAGUAUCUAAGAUUUAAAAUCUAGAUUAAAUCCGAUGUCUUACCAGAAAGCAAUAGUUCCCUAUAAGCACAUAUGAAGUACAUUUUGCCGCUAAAAAUAGAGAUGCUAUUUAUUACUAAUCGGUUAGAAAGUCUAUUGACGUCAGAUCGCCAUCCGGCGUUGUACUGUUAUAUAUUGACAAAUAUUUUCUCAAGACGUUUUGCUCCUGUAACGCGAAAUAUCGUUUACCAAAUCUUAGGCACACAAAAAAAAUGACGUACUUAUAGUGAAUCAAUUUUCGUUUCCAUAUCUGUAAUUGCAAGCGAUAAAAAUAAUUAAAAAAAAAACGGCAGAAUUGCAAAGCGUCGUUAGCUAUUAUAUUACGAAAUAUAGAAAAAAAAAAACAAAUACAGUAGAACAAUAAAUUCAGUGACAUUGUAAGCGCAGCUCGUAAUUCGCGUAAUUUCAUGAUGAAGAACUGCGAAACUAAAUAACGUCAUCCGUUUUACAUGGGUGAAUGUUGAGUAUGAAAUUCAAAGAAUUUCUAGCAACUUUUUUGUCCUAUUUAUCUCGAUUCCAAAAGCAAUGAAAUUAAUACGGAAUGAUGUACGUAUAUAUGUCAUUUCGGAUAUUAAUUUCGAUUAAUUAUCAUUUCUCAUUUAAUAUUCGUCUCAUACGUAAAAAUAAAGGAGUAACAUGCCGACAUUGUUAAACUGUUUGGCAAAAUCAAGAAAACUGCUAUAUUGUCUAAUAUUAAAUUAUAUUGAUCAUGCAUCGUUCUCUCUUGUUUCGUUAUUUAUUUAUUUAGAUAAAAGGCUCGGUCUCCGAUUACGUGCACAAUUGCAACCAGAAUUAUGAUUUUUUCUCACGUCCCACUUUGUCUACUCGAAUCUUUCCAAAAAAGAUUGCCGGUUUAUAAUUUAUAUAGCAUAAAUGUUAACAAUUGCAAUAGAGUGGAAUAUAUAUAUAUUUGGAGAUAUUGCAUCGUGUAGGAAGCUGGGCCUCCUUAUCCAUUUUGUCUCAGCUUCUUGUAAAUAAUAAAUUAUUUUUACGUUAAAAGAAUCCCGGGUCGUAAACUAUAUAUUAAUAUUAUUUAAGAAAAAGCAACGUUUUCGUAUUACGCUGUACUACUUUCCAUCAGCCUGAUACCUCAUCGUACCAUGCGCACUGCGCUUCAAAAGAAAAAAAAAAAAGAAAAACCAAAAUGCAUAUUUUUAUAAUUCUAUAAUUCGUUGAAAGAACAUACCUAACGGGGGAGACGGAAAAGAUACUGAAGACAUUGAACGACGAUUCAAUAGUAAUUUGUAUAUUUGUAGAUACUCUCGAGUAAAAAAAAAACACACAGAAGAAAAGCUUCCAAAUAUACUUUGUUUCACCUUUUUCAUAUUAAUCACCCACCCGUCGCUCGUCGCUUUGAGACACAUUAAAUAAUAGGACGACAAACGGCUUUCUCUUAUUCGAACUACUCAAGAUUUCUGCUUACUACAAAAGAAGAAGGUAGAGCUAGAGAGAAAGAGAGAAAAGUUUAAUGUAAGAAACGAAAGCGUGGCCUAAACAUUUAUAAAAGCGAAUACAAAUGGUAUUUUUAUUAUUUAUAAAUAGUCCUCAUUAACAGAAUGUAUUCUAAUUUAAUUUUCCAUAUUUCAUAUUGUACGUGGUUCCUAAUUUAUUAUUACUAUAUAUAUAUUAUAUACUACAUAAUAAUAAUAAUGAUACGUAUACUAUUAUUAUUAUUAUUAUUAUUAUUAACUAAUGUAAUUAUGACUAUUUGUUUACUAUUAGAAAUUAUUCUUAUUAUUUCAAUAAAACUAUUUAAUAAGGACUUGUUUGUGAAAAGGAAUGUAUGAAAUACACAGUAUCGAAACGAGUGCUGAGAAUAGAAUGUGUGAUUGUGUGCACUGUGUCACAUCCAAAUCCAGAAUGCGUAUUUAAAGCAGAACCAUCGGACGACAUGAAAGGAAAAAGAAAAAAAAUAGCGUUUGCUAAUUUUGUAUAUCGUUUGAUGCUGUUUCUAAGGAAAUUUAUUAGUAAAACAUUCGCUGUAAUACCUUGGAACUGAUUGAAUGAAAUUAUAUGCAUAUACAUAUAGCUAAUUAGUAAAAUUGUCCUUACAUUUUGCACAUAUUAUGUUUUCUUUCGUUUCCAAAUCAAACAUAAUAUUAACAUUAAUUCUCCUGAGUUUUAUAAAGCAGCAUAUAUGUGCAAGGAAAUCAUUUUGAGAUCUAUCUCUUUCUAUGUCACCCGAUGGCUCACUAUAGUAUUUCCACUAAUCUAACGCUUUUCCCUGACUCGGCCGCAUCCAAGCCAGUCAAACGAGAGCCUUAUUACGAUUUUUGUAUCUUGUAAAUUGUCAUCGUCAGUGAUGAGAAGCACUAUGAUAACCCAGCUUUAAGAGGGGUAACGAUUAAUGGUACAAUUAAUGUAUCAGAUGACAUUUUAUUACGUCAGACAACGUCGCGUAUUGUAUUUCUGCGCGACGAUCACACAAAUAAUGAGAUAACGACACCAAAAUGUCAUCCAAAAAAAAAACAUAAUACAAAUGCCGUUUCCUUCGCACCAUCGAAUAAUUAUCUUUUACCAUGUAGCUGAGGUAAAUAGCAUUAUUUAAAUUAUGUUGAGUUAACUGUAAUUUUAGAUGUAUGAAAUAACGCUAUUAAAUGAUGUCACGCGGUUUCUUCUAGCCGAGCGAAAGAUCGGUCGCAAAAUUAUAUUAUUCAAAAUUACUAAUUAAUUUAUUGCAAAAUUCAGUAAAUGCAGACUUCUUGUCCUUUCAAAAAUUUGACCUACGAGUCUCGACUUUAAUAUAUCGUAAAGUAACGUUAUGUAUGACAUAUAUUUUCCCUAUUCCAAAAUUUUACUUUUCAACGAUUUUCACAAUAUCGUAGUUAAGAAUCUUGGCUCACAAAUUCUGCGAAAUCGCUGAGAAUCAGAACAAACUGAAGUACAGUAUUCACAAUAUUUUUCCGAAACGUUUUCAAUUUGCAAUAGUAGUGUGUAAUAUUGCUCGUUACAUGAUCAAUAUUAUAGUUAUAACGUUUAGUCAAUAUCAAAGCAAUAAUAUUCACCAUCAAUGAUUACGGCCAUUGAUUUCUUACUCUGUUGGAUUAUACCAUCUUGGAAUCUUAUCUGAAAUUCGCGAUUUGCCGAAGGGAGAGAUGUAUUUCUCAACCUUUUUUUAUUCCGCGUUGCUCUCCGGUGGCUGGCUCUUAGAAAUGACAAUCUUCGUGCGACGCUCACUCUCGCGAGCAUUUUAUGACGAUGAUGGAUAAUAAGCGGGUAUCUACAUCUAUAUGUACAUCCGACAUACCAAACCAUCCAUAAUGUGCUGUCCGACGUUAACAUACCAAAGACAUCAUGCAAUUAAUUUGGGAAACGGCUAAGAGUUCUGAAAGUUACUACGGCAUUUUAACAGAAAUAAAAAAAAAAGAUAUUACCGAUCGGCAAUGUUGCAUCAAAA